GGAUGGAAGCCAGCUUCAGUGGAUUGUCAUUUGAAGAAGGCAUGGAUGGUCUAUAAAUGAAUUUGGUGAUUUGACCAAAGGACAAAGUGUUCAAUCCAAUAAAUCAUGCUGCUUCAAAAGAGCCUUUGGCAACAGCAUAAGGGAUAUGGAAUCACCAAACUUUCUGGUGCAGCACGUGAGGUUUCUCUUGUUGAUUUAAUCAACAUCAUCACCUCUUCCUGCUUCCCGUGGCCACUUUCGGAGAGAGAACAGAUUUUGAUGAGAAAUGUAAUGGUGAUUGCAGGAAGGCGACAAAUAAACUCUUCUAAGAGUCAAUUUGAUACAAGCAAUGGAGCUCGCAAGAACAUUUGUUUCCAUGCCGGUAUCGUGUGCUUAUAUGGUACCAUCAGCCAAGAUACUACUUUUUCUAGGUUCUCCUUUUGA